AUGAAAGCCACGCACCCUGCUCCACCUUUGUGCGCGCGUGGCUCGCCAGCUGCGGACGCCAUGAGCGAGGCAAUGGACCGGCCGUGGAUGAUGUACGGGACGUGCUGGGGCAUGGCAGGCGUAUAUGUGGGCUCGCUGCAUGCACUUCCCCAGCUCGUAGCCCUUGCUCGCACGGGCCGAUGGGCGCCGCUGCUCCCCCGUGAUCACCCACGAACGGUCUGGGCGCGUCUAUGGUGCGCGUCGGUGGCUACCCUCAUCGAUGUGAUAUGGACGUGCCGAGUGCUGGCAAGGCACGGGCUCAUAAGUACGCGACAACCGUUCCGCUGUCUCGAUGCCUUAGCGUGGCUAGGGCUGCCGACUCCGCGACUCUCGUUCCUCGUGUCCCACUGGCUGCCUUUUCACCCGUCUCUCUCGGCCACGCUACUUCAAGGUCUACGCAUCAUUGGGAACGCUACGCUGUUAACGUCGCUGCUAUAUCUCGGGACGUUUUGGACGGAUCUGCAAGCACAGGCACUUCCGGGACAAGCUGGCUACUAUGACGAGACGGGGCCGCGCCCCAGCCUGCUCUACUUGCGCAACUAUGUGAUAGUACGUGGCGAUCGCUGA